CCUUAGUUUCCCUCGACGUUGGUCGUAGCAGUAAUGGCCUCUCUCCCUCGCUCAGAAAUCCAAUCCCUAUCCGAUCUCCACCCAAAGCCAGAGAACGUCACUUACCAAUAUGGUACAGCCGGCUUCAGGACACUGGCAUCCGUAUUGGACCCUGUCCUAUUCAGAGUAGGCAUCAUCGCUGCGCUGCGAAGCAAGAAAUUCGAUGGCAGGACCGUCGGGGUGAUGAUCACCGCGUCCCACAAUCCUGAGGAUGACAACGGCGUCAAGAUAGUUGAUCCGCGAGGCGAGAUGCUCGAAGCAUCGUGGGAAGGACACGCUACCGUCCUCUCCAACGCUACAGACUUUGUCGAAGCUCUAGAGGCGUUUGUGCAAACAGCCAAAAUCGACUUGGCGAAGCCAUCUCGCGUCGUUUACGCGAGGGAUACGCGGCCGUCCGGCCCGGCGCUCGUAGCCGCUCUGGAGGACGGGUUCAAGUCUAUUGGAGCCGAUGCGAGGAACGCCGGUGUUACUACGACUCCGAUUUUGCACUACUUGGUCCGAGCUAUCAACACCAAGGGUACAGAGGACUCGUACGGGGUUGAUUCGGAAGAAGGCUACUUUAAGAAACUCAGCGGUGCUUUCAAGAAGCUCAUCGCUGGGAGACCAACACCGCCACCACUGCUCAUUGAUUGUGCUAAUGGUGUCGGUGCCAUUGCUGCCGAGCAAUUAUCUCAAUACCUAGGUGAUACCCUUCCAUUUUCUUUAGCGAAUACCGCGACAACCGCUCUUGGAGUCUUAAACAAGAACUGCGGUGCAGAUUUUGUGAAGACGACACAGAAACUCCCUCCAUCGUUAGCCGACAAAUUACAGCCUGGUGAACGUGCUUGUAGUCUUGACGGUGAUGCCGAUCGCCUAAUGUACUACUACCUCGAUGAACGUGGCCAUUUCCACAUGCUCGACGGAGACAAAAUCGCGGCGCUGGUUGCUGCUUUUAUUGUCGACCUCGUCAAACUCGCGGGUCUUGAAAACGAAAUCAAAGUCGGCAUCGUGCAAACGGCUUAUGCCAACGGGGCCUCGACAAAAUACCUCCUAGAACGUCUUCCUGUCAAAUGCGUGCCUACUGGUGUGAAACACCUACACCAUGCCGCGGAACACUAUGACAUUGGUGUGUACUUCGAAGCCAACGGACAUGGCACCGUUCUCUUCUCGAGCACUACACUGGCCACGCUGAAAUCCCAUCAACCACUGUCACCUGCCCAGUCCGGAGCUCUAGAACACUUGAUCAGCUUGACGGAGUUGAUCAAUCAGACGGUUGGGGAUGCGCUGUCUGAUAUGCUUCUCGUUGAAGUUGUCCUUGCCCAUAAAUCUUACACUGGUGUCGAGUGGGACUCGCUGUACGCGGAUCUGCCUAACCGGCUUGUCAAAGUGGUUGUUGGUGAUCGGAAUGCGUUCCGCACGGAAGAUGCUGAGAGGCGGCUUGUUAGUCCUCCGGGGCUUCAGCAGAAGAUUGAGGAGCUGGUUAAUUUGUAUCAGGGUGGUCGUUCUUUUGUCCGCCCUAGCGGCACGGAGGACGUUGUUAGAGUAUAUGCAGAGGCUGCUAUACGUGCCCAAGCUGAUGAACUUGCGUUCAGAGUGGCUGGACUGGUCUACGAUGAAGCUGGUGGGGAUGCUGCUCAGCGGCCUAAGGAAUUCUUGUGAGAUGGGAGAUGUUUUUCAAAUUUGACUAGCAACGGAAUGGACAUGCAUAAUGGUUGUACUUAGUAACAGUUUGCCUAACUUCGAAAUUUUCAAUGGUC